AUGGGCGAUACAACUGAAAUUACAAAGAACUUGGCGGUAUUUAUAGACGGCGGAGUAUACUAUCAGGCAUGCAUCCAAAUGAUUCGAAAACAACGAGAGAUGUUGUCGUUUGUGGAUCGCUUCUCAUACACAAUUGUCAAGCUUUCGGAACUAAGUUCGCUGCGAUUGAAGAAUGUAAAGAACCUGUUCAUUUAUUAUCUUGGUCAUACAAUACGUAAAGGAGACACGUAUUAUAUGAUUUACAAUGAAUUUUCCAUCAACGAGGACGAGUUUGCACGCGUUGUGAAUGGGUUUGAUGCGGAACGGAAGGUGAUCUUCCUCGAGACGUGCUACUCGAGUGGACUUACAAACAAAAUAAAGGACGCAGUUGUCCUCUGCACGUCGAAAAAAACGGAGAAAAGCUGGGUUGUCUGGAAUGGUGGGAAGGUAAGCAAUGAGUUAUACAAAACAGACAAGGAGUUCUAUACGAGAAGUAUCGAUUUUGCACGAAAGGAAAUCAAAAGGAAUCCCAUUCUCUCGAAUUUGGAAAUAUACACUACAGAUCAAGUGAUGUUCUUCUUGGAGUAA